UUGUGUCAGUGCUUCUCAAGAUUAGUAACCUUUUGGAGAUAAAGUAUGUCAAAUUAGAGGACACUGCUUUAAAAAUAAAAAAGGCUCAACAGAAGACAGUACAAAUCACAAGUACUAUUUUCCCUCUUGCAAAUUUUAAGAGAAAUAUUGUCCUGUAACACAGGGACUUUGUAUUGGAAGACAUGGAUUUUGCAGCCAAUGAGCUCAGCAUUUAUGACAAACUUUCAGAAACUGUUGAUUUGGUGAGACAGACAGGCCAUCAGUGUGGUAUGUCAGAGAAGGCAAUUGAAAAAUUUAUCAGACAACUACUAGAAAAGAAUGAACCACAGAGGCGACCAGUCCGGUAUCCUUUCCUUAUAUCUGUAUAUAAGGUUCUCAUAACCCUGGGAUUAAUCUUGCUCAUUGCAUACUUUGUGGUUCAACCUUUCAGCCCUUUAUCAUCUGAGCCGGUGCUUUCUGGAGCUCACACCUGUUACUCACUGAUCCGUCAUAUUCGGGUGAUGUCCUUGCCCAUUACUAAGAAGUAUAUGCCAGAAAAUAAGGGAGUUGCUGUGCAUGGGGCUGAUGAAGACAGACCCUUUCCAGACUUUAACCUCUGGUCGACUAAUGUCUGUAGGCAGAAUGAGUCAGCCCACAUCCCUGACAAUUGCACUGGCUGUGCCCAGAAUUUACCCCUCAGGGUAAUGGUGCUAGAAGAUGUCCCGAAGAAAUUUGACAGACUCCAUCCUCUGGUGAUCAAGACGGGACAGCCCUUGUUGUCUGAGGAGCUUCAGCACUUUUUGUGCCAAUACCCUGAGGCGGCGGAAGGCUUCACUGAAGAGUUUCUCAUGAAGUGGUGGCGCUGCUUUCCUGAACGGUGGUUCCCAUUUUCUUAUCCAUGGAGAAGACCUCUGAACAAAUCAAAAAUUUUACAUGAGCUUUUCCCUGUUUUCACAUACCUACCAUUUCCAAAACAUGCCUCCUUGAAAAAGUGCUUCCAUCUUCAUCCAGAGCCUAUUUCAGGGAAUAAGAUGCACAGGAUGCAUGACCUGUUCAUCGUUGGCAGUGGUGAGGCCAUGUUGCAGCUCGUCCCUCCUCUCCAAUGCCGAAGACACUGCCAGUCCAUGACAGUGCCGCUGCAGCCAGGAGACAUUGGAUAUGUUGGAGCCACUCACUGGAAGGUCUACGUUGUAGCCAGAGGGUUCCAGCCUUUGGUCAUCUGCGAUGGAACCACUCUCUUGGAACUCUAGGGAUUGCAUGAAUGUAGAAGAACAUCCUGGAAUACUGAAGGCCAGACUGAAAGGGAAGGCGAGGAAUAAAACAAAAACCCUGAAACCACUUUCAAGGGGCUGGUUACUCAGCUCCCUGUGUAUAUGUGUGUGAGCUAGCUGUGCGCCGGGGGCAGAGACCAGAGCCCAGCCCUGCCAGCUCUGCCAUACCUGUGUAAGACUGGACUCUUCUAGGCCUUUUGGCACAACCUUGAGGCUGUUUCUUGGCCCCAGAGAACAGGGUGUCAGAAACUGACAGUGUCUUCCCUCACUUUCAUGUCAUGGUUCCCAUCUGCUGGCUGUCUGCUCUGUGACAAACAGCCAGCCAGCAGGUGCUGAAUGGAUAGCCAUCCUUUACAGAUGGGUUGCUUAUCCUGUCUCCUGGUCAUUACCGCUUUUUUUUUUUUUUGAAGGUAGUGAUAAUAAAAGUUGUUGCAGUUUCCCCAGGUAAAAUGGAUUCUGAAACUAAGUAAAAAGAAAAAGAAAAAGUAAGCAAGGAGCUCAAAUUGUGCUUAAGAAGUACACUACUUUCCCAGCAUCCUUGGCUCCUGGAGUCUCAGUGAUGCUAGACUGGAGUCUGACUAUAAUUGAAAGAAUAAUAAAUAAGGUAACACUUGGCCCCAUUUUAUCAGACUCUCAUGUUUCCUGCCUAUCCCUCCCCCCAAUUCCCUUUCCAUCUUCCUUGCCUCUCUGGAUGGUUUCUCAGACAAGCCCCUGGUCUCUCCACCCUGAACUGGGCUGGAUCCCUUUACUGCUGAGGCAGCACUACUCCUGUCGGCUGUGUUACUUUUACCAAGUGUCUUCAGAGGGAAUGAGUUAGUGUGCUGGCCUGGGGAGAGGGUGACUCCCUGGGUUUGAUCUUUAGGGUCUGACUUUAGGGGAGAUGCUUUACAGAUGUCUCAAGCUGAUGUUGUAAUGUGACUGGGGAAGAAACUCCAGGGCCAGAUUGUUUGCCAGCUGGGUGUGCAGCUCUGAUCCUCUAUUCUGAAAUGAUUUCUCUCUCUGUACUGGGAAAUAAGGUGAGAUGUUUCCACAUUUUGUAGUGAUAUAAAGCUAUAUUCUUUUGAUUUUGA